AUGAUCAUAUCUCGUUCUAGUCUCCGUCCACACCAGAACCUUUCCUUGGCAAGGCUUUAUCGGCAAACCAAGCAAGAACGGGUCGCAGAUUUCCUUGCCAACGACCUCGCUGAAGAGCCCUGGAGGACGAAGGCUGAGAAAAAUGCCUUUGAGCUGGUCAUGGACUUACCUUUUGGUGGUGCGCCAGCGCCGAUUCGAGUUGGCAUGUGGCCCAGCAAAGUGACAUGCAGCUUCCGCUUUGCAGACAUGGACCGAACAGCCAACGGUUCACAGAAGAUGCUCUGCGCGUGCUUUGCAGAACCUGUGCACUUGUUCAAGCUUCAGAUACCCCACCCCGACAGCUCCCUAUGGUGCUUCUUCACAGACCGGCGCCAUGAUGCAAUGUCCGCCCCUCGUGGGGCAACUGCCAAAUGCCAUGGGGCAGCGCAUGUCGCUGCUCAUCAGGGCAAGGUUCGCACUUUGGAGCUUCUCCACAGCAUGGACCCAGAGAGUUUGCGUCGCUCCGCCUUGGAUGGACGCACGCCGGCGCACUGGGCAGCUUUGAGUGGCCAGGUGGCAGUCUUGGAGCUUCUGUCCUCGCUGGUUCCCGACACAUUGACUGCAAGUGCGCGAAACGGUGCAACUCCUGCUCAUGAUGCUGCGUUCCAAGGCCCACUGCAUAAGAGAUCAGAGCAAGAUAAGCGUGGGCCCCUGCGCGAGACAUGCUUCGUGUCACCAGGUGCCAUGCCGACACAUGACGCAGCUUUCAGUGGGCAGAUCGAGACUAUGAUGCUGCUGUGGGAGCUGGCACCAACCGCGCUUUCUGCUCGGGAUCUGCAUGGCCGAUGCCCGGCGCACGAAGCUGCAGAGACCGGACAGGAUUCGGUGCUCCGUAUGCUCUACCUCUUUGUGCCAGCAACUUUGCACACAAGGGAUGAUGCUGGGUGGCUGCCAGAAGAUGUGGCAGAAGCGCAGGGAUGGCGGUCGACUGCCAUGUUGCUGAAGUCCUUGCCUCCAGUGCAGUCUGCGCCUGCAGAUGACAGCGAUGUCGAGCUGGAGGCCCUUGAAGAGGUUGAAGAGCAGGAGACAAAGCCUGAACCGCAGGAUCCACCUCCUCAGGCUCCACCAGCGAAAGCAGAGACAGAGAUGGAGAAAGACGCAAAGGAAGAGAAGCUUCAGGUGACUCCAGAUGUUAAGCCGCCAGAGUCAGUGGUGGUCGAGCAGCCAGAGCCAGUGGUGGCUGAAGCCAGGGAAGAAGCUAUUCCGAAGAGGGUGUCAGAGAGCCCGAAGAUUGCUGAAGUCUCAAAUGCCGCAUCCAAAGCGGACAAUCAGGAGAUCUGUGAGGCUGCUACAACAUCUCCAGCUGAGCCUUUGGCGUACGAAGCUCUCCUACAAAUCCUCUCAGCGAGGGAUUUGCGCAACGCGGACUGGAGCUUGACAUCAUCUGGCCAUUCCGACGCCUAUUGUGCAGUAGAGAUUCCAGGCAGCGACCGGGGCUUCCAGACAGACGUCGUGGAAGACAGCAGCAACCCGGUGUGGAACAAGACUCAGAAGCUGGUGCUCUAUCCAAAGGAGAUGCUGAUGUUCACGGUGAUGGACCGUGACACUGCUGAUGCUGACGACCUGCUUGGUAAGGUAUCUCUGCCAGUCGCGAAACUGCUGCCAAGUGGCUUUGACGGUGAAGUGAAGCUGCAGGAAACUGGAAAAGCUACGGCCUUUUUGAAGAUUCGCUGUAAGUUGAGACCUCUCCACGACGCAGAGGCCGUGGCCAAUUCUCUGAAGGCUACCAAGCAACAGGCCCGCAGACCUCCACCACCAAAGCCGCAGAAAAUGCAUGAUCUUGAGGUUACAGUGAAGGCUGCAAAGGGCUUGCGAGAUGCUGAUUGGGGCCUUGGAAAGUCCAAGAAGUCAGAUGCUUACGUUGCAGUGAGCGUUCCGGGUACAACGACGGAGUUUAAGACGCCGGUUGUUGAGGAUUGCAGCGACCCCGAGUGGAACUUUACAAAGAAGAUCUCUGUCGGGCCGAAGGAAACGCUUGUGUUCAAAGUGUUUGACAAAGACCAGCGGACUGACGAACUCCUGGGUAGCGUGUCGCUAGAUGUCUCUGGCAUACUCUCGGAAGGCUUUAGUGGUUCCAUGAAACUGGAAGGUCAUCAAGGGUCCCCAGCAGAGCUCGUCAUCGUUGUCCGGGUCCUGUCUCCUGGUCGGACCACACCAGCAGCAGCAGCAGGGGUGAAAUCGCCGAUCAGGGCUGCGACGCAGGUAAAUGCAGCAGGGCAGGUGCCAACGGUCGAGGUGACGGUUCGCUCUGCUUCUGGACUUCGCAAUGCUGACUGGUCCUUUGGCAGGUCAGGUGGAUCCGAUGCGUUUUGCGUGGUUGAAGUACCGGGCACCGACCAAAAGUUUCAGACGGAGGUCGUCGAGGACAGCAGCCAGCCUGUCUGGAACAUGACGAGGAAGCUGAAGUUGGCCCCAGAGCAGUCACUGCUGCUGUCCGUCUUAGAUCGUGAUGUCACUGGGACGGAAGUACUGGGAAAGGUGGUCAUAUCCAUGGACAUGAUUCUUCCCAAUGGCUUUGCUGGGAAGUUGAAGCUGAAAGAGAGCGGAAAUGCAGAAGCCAGCAUUGACGUCAGCAUCAGAAUUGCAAGUUGA